UGCAUUCUUGUAAUGCAUACGUAUGAAUCAAGUGAUCGAAUAUUUACUUUGUUGGUUUAAACAUGAAGUUUGACAACUAAGAAUUGAAAUUUGCCUUCAUUGUCUAUUUAUAUACCGCAUUUAUAGGAAUACGCGCUUUAAUUAUACUAUCAUGGACAAUGAUGCAGCUGCUUUGCAGAAUUUGGAGCAUCUUAUGACCGAGUUUUUUUCUCCAGAGACAACUAAUGAACGAAAACGUACAAUCGAGCAAAGUUUUCAGGAGUUUGCAGGCCAAAUUGAUUCUUGGAGACCUUGUCUACAUUUUUUGUCAUCUACUAACAAUCAUUAUGUUAGUAUGUUUGCUUUAUCUACAUUAGAGACAACAAUUGGGAGGAGAUGGCCAAUACUCCCAUGGGAAGAUAGAGCUCUUACAAGAUCAACCUUAUACACGUUAUCAUUAGAAAGAGGUGUAGCUCCUUUUGUAAGAAACAAAGUAGUGAAAUUAGUUGUUGAUAUUGCUAGACAUGACUGGCCACAUUUCUAUCCAGAUUUUUAUUCUAAUAUUUUACAGUUAUUGGGUCACAAACAUACGAGAUUAUUAGGGCUCAUCUACUUGCGAACAGCUUCAGAGGAACUAGCAACUCCAAGGGAAGACUUACCAGUACAAAGGAAGAAUGAGUUAUUUAGGUUUCUUAGUGCUCAAGUGCCUUUGACCUUGGAUACUCUUACAAUACUACUAAAAGAAGCAACAAAGUUACAAUGUCGUUCUGGGACAGUUACACCACCUCCAUCACCCACUAGUGGUCAGACUGUAGCACCUGUAAGAGCUAUGUUAGAUGUAGAGGGGUUAGCUACAGGAACAAGUGAAGUGUGUGUAGCAACACUGGAUGUAUUAGCACAUCUUUUUAGCUGGAUUGAAUUAUCAGAACAUAUUUCUACGAAUUUACUGGAGGCUAUUUUUACCUGUGCCAGGUAUCAUGAUACAAUGAACGGUAAACAGAUGGAAAUGGCAGUACAAGCUGUAACCACGAUAAAUGAACUUUUAUAUCGACCAUUAUGUUUUCCCGAUAUAACCGAUAGGUUGUUAGUAGAAAUAUUUCAAAAUGGAGUUACAUUAUUCCAGCUAUUGGAACGCUUGGAUUCUGUAAAUGAAAGUUAUAUGGAUAAAUUGACAGAGUUCUUACAAUUAUUUAUAACAAAUCAUUUGAAAAGAGUUGAAUCAUGUCCGAAAUUUCCAGUGAAUACAUUAUUAGAAGUUUUAUGCCAUCAUACUUUUCAACAAUGCUCAACAGUAAAUGGAUAUCUACGAUGUUUAGAUGUUUGGAACACACUUUUAAAAAGCACUCAGUCUCGGUAUUCUCCAGUAGAGUUAGCUCUUGCUGAGAGAGUAUUGCAAAAAAUGAGUUUUAAACUUAAUACGCGCAUCCUAAAGGAUCUUGAUACAGAAAGUUUAGAUGAAAAUGAAGAAACAGAGUGGCAGCAUUUCUUAAGAUGUAAUAUUGAAUGUUUAGCAAAAGUAGCGGAUAUUUCUCCGAUUCCAAUUUUUACACUAUUGUAUCGUUCUUGGAGGGAAGGAUUAACAAUAUUUGGGGAAUUAGGAAGCGUUAUUGCUAAUAAUCAAGUUACUUUGUUAAAUGAAUCAGAGGCAUCAAAUGUACACGCACAUUUACGAGAUUUGGCUUCUACUACUCAAGCACUAGCUAGAUUAUACUCACUUUUUCUUGGGAAUGAUCAGAGUAUUGAUCAAUCACUUGCUGAGGAGCUGGUGUCUCAAACAUUAGAUGCAUGUAAAUUUGCGAAGACAAACCAGUUGUACAAAGCAUCAUUGCAACCAGCUGCAAUUGUAAUAGAUCUUGUAGAAGUUCAUUCACAGUUAUUAGCAUCAUUACAAGCUUGGUGCCAUUGGAUAGCUAACAGAGCAGAGAAAACAAAAGAAUCACUUUGUCAACGAUGCAUUGAGUCAUGCAUUUUGGCAUUAGAUUAUACAACAUUUUGUGAUAAUCCGCCACCAGCAAAUUUAAUUCAUUCCGCUACACAUCUAUUCCAAAGCAUUACUGUUAUUUUGAAACCUGUUUUGUGGGAUGAACCUACAUUUAGAAACUUAAUUAGCAUGGUAACAUAUCCAUUCUUCAAACCAGAUACAAUAAAAGUUUUGAGAAGAGCACUAGUAAAUGCAAUUAUCUUACCACAUGGCGAUGGAUCUAUUAGAGAAAGAUUAUUAGGUACAAUGAUAUCAUCACUAUCUACACCCCUUGGUUUAGAAAGGCAACCUAUACCUUCAGAAUCUACAAUUUUAAUGACAAUAGUGCCAUUAACACAGUUAUUAGAAGACUGUUCUGCUUCGUCUACGACGAUAAAAAAAAUGUUACAUUCAUGUUUGGGACCAACUAUAAAUCGAACUUUAGAUUUAUUGCCCUAUAUGAUAAAGUGUCAGGGAGUAUGUGAAGUUCUGCUUGGUUUCUUGCAUUCAGUCUUUUCAGUAUUACAACAACAAUUAGGCCCUGCAUUUACUCAAAAUGCAGUUCAAGGGUUAUUACAUAUUUAUACCAGAGAGAAUAUAUCUGCGGGACCCGCGUUGGAUCAAUUGUUAGAAAUCUUAAUAUUGGUUGUAUCAGCACCUAGCAAUGCAUUUAAAGCAUUUGUUCCUUCAGUGACUAAUUUAUGUUUAGGCCAAGUAUGGCCUGCUGUUGGUAAUGAUCUUAGUGUGUAUCCAGACACUACACUUGUUUUAUUAAAACUUUUUCACAGUAUACUUAUGCAUAGAUGGCAAUAUUUUUAUAACACUUCUAUAUUACGUACGCUUGGUCAUACUAAUGAAGAUGAAUCUGUUCAACACAAGGAAGAAUUGGUUGCAAUUUUAGAAGCUUUCGGUCAAGCUCUUCUUCAACCAGAUGUCAAUAUAUUUCGUCAAAGUCUACAAAGUCUUGAACAGUUAAACGUGCGAUGGCGACUUUAUCAACGAGCUGUAUUCAAAGUUCAUUUACUCGAGAGAUUUCUAAUGGCAUUAUUUACUGUUCUAUUUCAACAAUCUCAUAAUUUAUUAGCAGAUGAAAUUGCAACUGCCAUUCAUAGUCUAGCAUCAGUUAAUAUAGUAUGGUUUUUUGGACAUUUCUUGCCAACAUUUUUAGCUAGUUGUGAAGGUGUAGACGAUAUGCAAAAAGCGACAUUAUUAAGAAACUUUGAUAGGUCUACUGAUCAACCAACUUUGACAAGAUCAGUGUUGCAGCUAAUUUCUGAUUUACGAUGUUAUCAAUUUUGUCGACCUGGCUGAAAUAAUUGUAUUAUCAUACAAAGAUAGAUUACGACAUGUUCAAUAUAAUUUCAAUAAUGACAUUUAGAGAAA